AUGGCCGACAGCCGGCCCGCCGGCUUCAGUGGCGUACCGCUUGACAUCCUGGCCAGCGUGUGCGCGCACCUGGACUUUGAAACCAGGUGUGAAACAGUGCCUCUUGUUUGCAAGCAUUGGCGCAGACUCACGCAGGGACCCAGCGCCAUUUGGCGCUCUGUGACUCUGGAACCACCAAUUGCUGCUUCACCAAGGAGGAUAUGCCAUGGUUCUGCUCUCCAAUGGGUAACAGAUCGGGCGCCCUCCAUUUGGGAGCUGCGCUUGAGGCUGUUUGACUAUCUUGAAAGCCACGAUUUUGGGCCCGGGGACUUCGCACACGUCUUUCAGGUCCUCUCCAAGACUCUGCGGAGCUUGCACGUACUGAAGUGCGGACACGUGCUGAACCCGGAAGGGUUUGCCGCAAUGUCUGUGCUGACAAGGCUGGAGACGCUCUCCAUCCGAAACUGGGAGCAGGGCGAUUGCAGAAUAGAGGCGUCGGAAUUGGGGUGGAUCACGUCCCUUCAAAGCUUAUCCUCCGUGACACUCGAAAUGGAGCUGGACGGCUUCCCAGAGGCGCUGGUCGCACUAACGAACCUGGAGGAAAUUAAUCUGCGCAAGUGCAGGCACGUGAGUGUCCCAUCCAGCGUAUCAGACCUGAGGCGUCUGAAGUCGCUGGCAAUGCUGGAGUGUGGCAUGCAGCACCUGCCAACAUCGGUGUGUGGGCUGCCCAGUUUGGAGGUUCUGAAUAUGGGAAUGAAUGAGCUUGGGCGCCAGCAAGGCAGGAGCCUCCCCGAUGAACUGUCCUCGCUCAGCAAACUCAAAGAGCUCUCGUUUUGCUGCUGCGAAUAUGACGCCGUGCCGCCAGUCAUUUCUUUGAUGACAUCGCUUCAGGUGCUGUGGCUCUGUGGCAACCGAAUGACAGGCUGCAGCAGCAACUUUUUGCCUUCAUCGCUGGUAGAGCUACAGCUGCUAAGGGAGCUACACCUGUCGUGCUGUGGCCUGUCCACACUCCCACUCACCAUCUGCUCCCUCACCCACCUGGUUGAGCUCAACCUGGCUGGCAACCGCCUGUCCUCGCUGCCAGCAAGUCUUGGCUUCUUGACAGCCCUCCAGGUGCUGGACCUGCACAGAAACAGCUUUCUGGUGGUACCGCCCGUUCUGGCUUGCAUGGUGGGACUGCGCAAGCUGAACCUACUCCAGAACAAUAUCAUCUAUGACAGGAAUUCCUUGGCCCUUGCCAACCUUCCCAAACUGGAGGAGAUGCAGUUGCCCAAGUGUGGGGACCAUUGGAGCUGGUCGAGGGGUGGGUGGUCUACACAGUCGUUCCGCUACUUUGCAGAAUUGAUUUGCAAGCUGUCCAUCUGCACUCGGGUUGGUGGAGUAGGCUGGGGCUGUGGGUGGAAGGGACCAGCCAAGACGAUGGGAAUGGAAGUCAUGAUGAGGGGUCGCCAUAAGGGCGACGCUCUUGUGAGGCAUGAAAUGUGCAAAUCGGACAUCUAA